AGCAUGACUAAAGAAAAAACUCAGAAGAAGGAGUUUAUAGAAGCGAUAAGUGUUCUUCAAUGGGUGCUGAGCUUUCUUUUUUUGGGAGUGGCUUGUUUAAUCCUGAUGGUGUAUCUUAUGUUUACGUCCCUGUGGCCGCUGGCCUCUCUGUACUUUGUGUGGAUGGUAGUGGACUGGUACACCCCUGAAAAAGGGGGCAGAAGAACAGCAUUUGUGAGGAAGUGGAAGGUUUGGGAACACUUCAGAGACUAUUUUCCAAUUAAACUGGUGAAGACAGCAGAACUGAGUCCAAAGAAAAACUACAUCUUUGGCAUCCAUCCACAUGGGAUCAUGAGCGCCGGAGGGUUCGCCUGCUUCAGCACCGAGAGCUGCGGCUUUGCCGAGGCGUAUCCUGGGAUCAAGUCCACCCUGGCCAUACUGGCAGGCCUUUUCAAGUUACCGCUCUUCAGAGAGUACCUGAUGAGUGCAGGUCUUUGUCCGGUCAGCAGAGCAAGCCUCGUCCACCUCCUGUCCAAAAACGGCAAAGGGAAUGCGGUGGUGAUCGUGGUGGGGGGUGCUGCUGAGUCUCUGGCCUCCUCUCCUGGAGUCAACACGUUGGUCAUGAAGCAGAGAAAAGGCUUUGUCAGGAUAGCUCUUGAGUUUGGAGCUGAUCUGGUUCCAGUUUACUCCUUCGGGGAGAAUGAGCUGUUCCAGCAGGUGGUUUUCUCAGAGGAGAGUCUGGGUCGCAGGCUGCAGGACUUAUUUAAAAAGCUAAUGGGUUUCGCCCCGUGUCUGUUUGUCGGAGAGCGCUUUGCACUCUUGCCCUACAGGGCUCCGGUCACUACCGUUGUGGGAAGUCCAAUCUCAGUGCCGAAGUGCGUCGCACCGACCGAGGAGGAGGUUGAUCGUUAUCACCGCCUCUACAUGGAGGCUCUGACCAAAUUAUUUCAUGAACACAAGGUCAGCUGUGGACUUUCUGAGAACCACAAACUUCGGAUUAUUUAGUCUUCGCUCGUCAACGUUAAAACUGCUGCCUCCAG